AGCCAUUCCGAACAGCGCAGUCGUUGCUAACGAUGCGAUUUUCCGUCUUACGGAUAAAUCCUGGGUUUAGGGACUUCAUGGGUGCCGCGGUCACCGAAAACAAGGACGCCACGGAGGUGUAGUAGCUUGUAUGCUAAUGCAGCUGCCAUCCUGUCAAAACAAGCCCAGCCUCCUCACAGCGACCGGAAAAAGGGACAUGCUGGUUAUUAUAAAGGUUUCAGCUGCAGGAAACUGGAGCUAUGGGUUUCCUCUUCAGCCUUGGAUGAAGUGAAAUAAGCUGGACCCACAGGAGCCCAGUGACCUGCCCCUGCCUACAGGGGGGGCUCCCCUCUCCCCUUCACCCUCUCCAGCCAUGGCAGGUUUCAAGCGGGGAUACGAUGGCAAAAUCGCAGGCCUUUAUGACCUGGAUAAGACGCUGGGGCGGGGCCAUUUUGCGGUGGUCAAACUGGCACGGCACGUUUUCACUGGGGAGAAGGUUGCGGUGAAGGUGAUCGACAAGACCAAGCUGGACACUGUGGCGACGGGCCACCUUUUCCAGGAGGUGCGCUGCAUGAAGCUGGUGCAGCACCCUAACAUUGUGCGCCUGUAUGAAGUGAUAGACACUCAGACGAAGCUUUAUCUUAUCUUGGAGCUAGGCGAUGGGGGGGAUAUGUUUGACUACAUCAUGAAACACGAGGAAGGCCUGAAUGAAGAGCUGGCUAAGAAAUACUUUGCCCAGAUAGUCCAUGCCAUCUCCUACUGCCACCGGCUGCAUGUGGUGCACAGGGACCUGAAGCCUGAGAACGUGGUGUUCUUUGAAAAACAAGGACUGGUUAAGCUCACUGACUUUGGAUUCAGUAACAAGUUUCAGCCAGGGAAAAAGCUGACCACGAGCUGUGGAUCUCUGGCAUACUCUGCUCCGGAAAUCCUCCUGGGCGAUGAGUACGAUGCUCCAGCUGUAGACAUCUGGAGUCUCGGUGUGAUCCUGUUCAUGUUGGUUUGUGGCCAGCCGCCUUUCCAGGAAGCAAACGACAGUGAGACUCUCACCAUGAUAAUGGACUGUAAAUACACUGUACCGGCCCACGUCUCCGGUGCCUGCAAAGAUCUAAUAGACCGCAUGCUGCAGAGGGACCCCAAGCGCCGGGCAUCACUGGAGGAGAUUGAGAGCCACACCUGGCUGCAGGGGGUGGACCCCUCGCCAGCCACCAAGUACAGCACUCCCCUGGUCUCCCACAAGAAUCUAUCAGAGGAGGAGCACAACAGUAUCAUCCAGCGCAUGGUGCUGGGAGACAUCGCUGACAGAGAGACUAUAGUCGAGGCCCUGGAGACCAACAAAUACAACCACAUCUCAGCAACAUACUACCUGUUAGCAGAGAGGAUCCUGAGGGAGAAGCAGGAGAAGGAGGUCCAGACACGCUCCUCCAGCCCCAGCAACAUCAAGGCCCACUUCAGGCAGUCCUGGCCAACCAGAAUGGACAUGCAUCAGGAUAUAGAGGACACGUUGGCUUCUUCACCUAUCUCGCACGCUGGAGGCCCCCAGUCCCCUGCUCGAAGUGCAGAGAACUUGCUCAACGGGCAUCGCUCUAAAGGCAUGAUGGACCUGGGCCGACGGGAGGAGAUUUCAGUCACCGACUCAGCUCAGGGACCCUGGGCAACGGCUUCUGGCCCUGCUCCUUCUCCUGGGUCCUUCAGAGCUCCAGGUCCCUCCACAACAGCAGCCAAGCAGAGAAUCUGUCUGUUCAGAGUGGAGGAGGAUGAAGAGGAGGAGGAAGAGCAGGACCCUUCUACCCUCCCGACCCAAGUGAUCCUGCGGCGUAAGCCCCCUUCCAUCACCAACCGCCUCACCUCUAGGAAGAGUGCCCCGGUGCUCAACCAGAUCUUUGAAGAGGAGGGCGAGUCAGACGACGACUUUGAGAUGGAGGAGGGCCUUCCACCCAAACUCAGCCGACUCAAGAUGAACAUUGCUGGGACUGCUGGCGGCCUGAGCUCUGGGGCAUCCCCAGGGCCCACGCAGAAGCGCUACCACAGGCGUAAGAGCCAGGGAAGGGGGUCGUCAUGUUCCAGCUCGGAGACGAGCGACGACGACUCAGAGAGCCAUAGGAGACGUCUGGACAAGGACUCAGGUUUCACCUACAGCUGGAACCGGAGGGACAGCAGCGAGGGGCCACCUGGCAGCGAGGGGGGAAAUGGGGGAGGCAGCAGCUCUGGGCAGGGGAAACCCCCCUCUGAGGGAGGCAGCUCCUCUGGCCCUGACAAAGGCAGUCCUGGUGCUGGUGGUAAUGGAGAAAGAGAAGGUGGUGGCGGUGGAGGUGGGAGUGGGAGGGCAGGAGGAGGUAACCAAGGACAGGACCGCCCCUCGAGUUGUUGUAGCAACAGUAGCUCUACGAAGCCAUCCCUCAGCAUGGCGUCCCGACCCUCCCGCACAGCGAGCCGCGGCACUGAGCUAGUGGAGAGUCUGAAGCUGAUGAGCCUUUGCCUCAGCUCCCAGCUGCAGCAGCACCGCAGCAUGCGGGAGGGACGAGCAGGAGGGGCCAAGGUCAUCAUAGACCCUCGAGGUGUGAAAGUCCAGGAGAAAUCAGCGUGGAGGAUCUGCAUCGGCUCCACCGAGAGCCUGGACUCCAUCACCCUCACCCCCACCACUACCAACACCGGCCUUCCUCGCUCUCACGCUGUACUGCAUCUCCACCAGAAAGCGGUACUGAAAGGCCUGCAAACAGGGCCCGGCAGCAGGGACCUUCACAGCAACAUGAACGCCCUGAAAAACGGUGUUCUGCAACUACCUCUGUGUGAGAAGACCAUCUCUGUCAACAUCCGGCGGGGCUCCAGAGAUGGUCUGCUGUGUACCUCAGCUCCAGCUAGCUGCUGCCAGGUCAUCUGAGGACCACCAGACAUGGCUCCCUCCUCCUUCUACCUUCUCUGACCUUUUAAACAACUCCUUUUAGCCGCUUGUUUGUAGGAAGAUACCUUCUCCCAUUUUCAUUUGGUUUUUUUUAACCCAACUGCACUUUAACGUUCUUCACCUGAAUGUCAAGCCGAGUAGAAGGGAGUCCAUAUUGAUAAAGAACUAAAACUACUAAACAAAGCUUUUUUACAAUGACCUUUAAACACGACAGGGACCCCAGAGAGAGCUUCAUACAGUUGAAAUGGUGUAUUGUUGAACAUAAAUAUGGAAGGUAUCUGCUAAUGUGGGUGGAAAAUCAGCUUUUGAAGCCUGAGUCAUAUAAGAACAUUAACUGGGAAUGGUGCAAAAUGUAUAACUGAAUUUGUGUUAAUUUCACAAAGAGUUCUGAGUCAGGUUCUAGGUCAGGUAUCUCAAAGAUUUACUUUUAUAUCACUGAAUAGUUUCCCAGACAGACCAAACUAUAAAUAUAGUUAAGAAGAGAGAACACACUGCAGCCUUGGACUUCCUACUCUGUCAGCCCUUCUACCCUUCAUUUAGUUGUUGGUCCAACCGAGAUGUGAAGAAGACGUGGCUGUGAUAACCAGCAUACAGCACCUUACAAAGUAUUUACACUCCUUCAACUUUUCCACAGUUGUCCCAUUCCAGGCAUAAACCUCAGUGUUUUCAUUGGAUUUAAUGUGACGGACCAACAGAAAGUAGAGCAGAAGUGAAAUGAAAAUGAUUCAUGGUUUUCAUUUUGUUUUUCUGAAAUCUGAAAAGUGUGGUGUGAAGUCAUAUUCACGCCCCAGUUAGUCAAUACUUUGUAGAGCCGCCUUUGGCUGCCGGUCUUUUGGGGAAUGUCUAUCAGCUUUGAGCAUCUGCAGACUGAAACAGCUGGAGUUCAGUCAGAUUGGAUCGAGACACUGGAACGGAGACUCUUUGACUAGGCCAUUCUAACAGAUGAAUCUGCUUUGAACUAAACCAUCCCAUUUUAUCUCUGGCUGUAUGUUUAGGGUGGUUGACCUGCUGGAAGGUGAACCUCCAUCCCAAUCUCAGGUCUCCUGGUCCAUCCUCUCUAUGUUCAGAUGAUGGAUUGAACAGAGCUCUGGAAGAUGUUUAAAACUUGGAAUAUUGUUUUUAGAACCUAACCCUGCUUUAAACAUCUCCACAUCUUCCUCCCUCACCUCACUGCUGUGUUCCUUGGCCUUCAUGGUGCUGUUUGUAUUCUGAUGUUCUCCAACAAACCUCUGAGGCCAGAUUCAGAACGGCUGGGGUUAUAAUCUGAUCACACAGAGCUGGACUGAUCGGCAUUGGGUUUCACUGGAUUUUAUUUAGGGGCAUCAUAGUGUUUACACAGGUCUGAAUGUUCUUUGCCCUACCGUUCAGAUUUGUAUGUAUAUAAAACAAAUGAAGCCCAUGUAUUUUCCUUCCUUUUCACAGAUGGUCUGACACAUUAAAUCCACUGAGGUUGUCUGCAGACAACACUUGGAACAGAGGAAGGAUCUCUAAACAAAGAGGUUAUUUGGGUUUUACAGCUUUGGGGGAUACCACCUGUAGAGUAAAACCAGAUCCCAUAAAAUGAACUCCUGAGUCCAGGUCAUGUGAUUUACUAGGAGACACUCCAACAUCAGAAUAAGUUGUUCUGGUCCAGUAUCUGACAGCACACUGACAUGACAGAACCCUACAACCAACAUCUAAGCGCCCAGCAAACAGGAACCGUAAGCAGUGGCUCUGAGUGCAGAGAUGGAUUCAGUCUGAGAAGAGGAGGCGGAUUGCAGACAGUAACUUACUGGUUUCAUUGUUUUAAUCUGUAAUCAAGUUGAAUUUCAGGAAGAAACUCAGAAGUUUGAAAAUGUGGUUCUGGGAACAUUUGAUUGGGUUUUCAUCCCUGUGAACCCGCCUUCUCCUGAACAAAGCUGCUCUUUCUCCUGACCCAGCUAAGAGUUGGUGCCAAGACAGAACCAAUAAACCACCAGUUUGUGGUUUUUGUAGGUGAAAACUGGAGGAACUGGUGCCAAGCCAGCAGUAGCACUUGUGUAACAGUGGGCCUGGUUUUGGUGGAAAAGCCUCCUCAGAUGUAAGGCCAUAAAUUACAUAAACACACCAAUGUUCCGUAAUUAAUACUGAAAUAUUUGGCCCAAUAAAGGUAACACAUGAGCUGGAGACAAGUGUGUUACAAGAGAGGUGGAGGAAAGUCCAAGGCUGGCUGGGCUGGAAGCAGACAGGUCCUUCAGGUUUGCAUGUUUAAUAGGAAAGCAAAUGAUGGUCAUUUUAAAGCUGCUGGAUAAAAAGAUUUUUUACUGUGACAUUUAGAUUCCUUCCAUUAAAAAAAAUUCUUUUCUGGGGAAUUUCUUCAUUGUCCCCACAUGAUCUUUUUGUCCAAACACUGGUUGGUGUGGAGCAUCAGGGGGCUCUAGGAGCACCUUUGCUCCUGAUUUGUGUGAUCUUCAUCACAACCACCAUGAAUCAUCUCUGUGGAGGAUUGCUUCCGCUUCUGAUACCGUCUCAAAUUCACGAUGCACUCUGACAAUCUGUAGCACGUGCUGGCCGCCUCUUCCUCCUGUCAGAGGAGCCAUGUCUGCACACCUUUAAAGCUCUGAUCACAAAGCUCUACACACAUGAGCAUGAAUAUUAUUUAUUUUGGGGCUUUUAAUGAUCUCUUAGAAUCAGACCCACCCAUUCUGCAGGCUGGGAGGAUUAUACAGCUGCAGGAAGCUUUAAAAACAAGAACUGGUUUAAAUUGGUCUUCAAUAGAGUACAAUAUACACCCCCAUUCAUAUUUAGUUAAAUGUCUCUUCUAGAGGUCUUUCCAAAUGUUCUGCUGGAUAUCUGACUGCUGUUCUUGGCAGAAUCAGUACCGGUUGGUGGUUUGGACCAGUGAGUUCUGCUGUGUUUAUGGUUGAGAAAAAAUCAGGAUCACUAGCAGUUAGAGGCCUUGGCCUCGGUCCAGGUUCUAGCUGGGUGUAUGUAUAUAUCUGGCCCAGAAAUUAAAACAUGCACUCAGUCCUUGUUUUUGAAAAUGAUUGCAGUUGUUGAGUCCUUACUCAGAUAAAUUAUUGGGAGGUCCAUGAACAUGAGUGGAUGGCCAUUUCUGGCUUCUGAAGCAGCACCUUCUAAAAGAAACAUUUGAAAAAAAGCCCAACAUUGUUUGGAUAUUCCUGCAUGAAAAUCUUACUGCUGACCAACAUUGGAAAAAUAAGCUGAUUGGUGUUCGUUUUCUCCGCCUCCCAAAGCUCACUGUUCAUUCAGCUGCUGAGUCAUGUGUUCUGUACAUACAGCGUUCUGAAGAUUAAAAGUGUAUUUUUUAAACAUGAACAUUUUGUGAGACGUCUGCUUUUUGGUUUUUAGUUUUUGUUUCUUUGCUGGCGUAUUAAAGAAAAUCUGCCAGGUGAGAGUCGGCAGGGAGCAGCCAUGUUUUAGGGCAUUGUGUUGCAGCUAUCUGUACAGAAACUUCGUUAGCUUCACAUUUUCUUCCACACUUCUGCAGUUUCUGCUUUCAGCAAAAAAAAAAAAAAAAAAAAAAGAUUUGUAGUUUUGUUGGAGGUUUGCUGAAGAACCAAAUGUACAUAAAGUUGUAAAUAUGGUGCUCUCUUUAUUUAGAAUCUUUUGGUGCAUAGUUGUACAGUAAAUCUAGCCUUAUAAUGACCGUAGUAAUACUGUAUGGAUGUGUUCUCUUCAUACCGUCGGGUCUCUUUGACUGUUGUCUUACUCAGCUGUUUUCAGGUGAAUGAUGUGCAUGUGUCUCAGUGUUGGAGCAGAUAAUCUGCCACAGAAAUCUUACUGGACCAAAAGGCAACAACAGGAGAAAGAAAACAAAAUCGCUGUAAUAUUCUGUAGUUGAUACCUGUUGUCAGACAAUGCAUAUAACUCUGGUAACAUCCCAACAAUAAAAGCUGAAUUUUUGUCUCAUA